AUGUUUUUUAUAUAUGCAGCACUCAUCUCAUCAGCUUUUGGCUGGGCUUACGACGCUCAAGGCAGUUGGCCUGAAGCCUGCUCAGCCUCUAAACAAUCUCCUAUGAACCUCGACAUAGACUCCACAAGUGACGUCCCUGACAAAUACUCAAUGAAAAUGGUUUUCCUUGGAGCGACCAAGGCAAGGAACAUUACUAACACAGGCAACUUGAUCCGCGUCACUGCUGAUUUCGGCUACAUAGAAAUCGGCCCAGAAGACGACAAGCGUACCUUCCUCGUCAAAUACAUUGAUUUUCAUACCCCAUCUGAGCAUACCUUGAAUGGAGUUUCUUUUCCUAUGGAAAUGGAAAUAAUUUUGAUAGUCCAGGACAAGUACUGGGAAAGAGACAAAGAAAACAUGGCCAUUGUAAGCGUGAUUUUUAAGGCUGGCAUAGAAAGUUUCUUUUUAGACUCCUUGGAAUGGUGGAAUUUACCGAGCACUGCGGGAGCGACUUAUUGGACUACGAAUACGUCGAAUAUUAAUAUAAGAGAAGUCGUGAGAAGCACUGAUGAUUAUUAUUUUUAUAAAGGCUCAGCGACAAAUCCGGAUUAUUCCUGCAGGGAUGAUGUGUUGUGGUAUAUUAUAUCUGAGACGAAGCAGGCGAAACAGUGGCAGAUUAAAAAAGUGGCUGAUAUGUUUUCGGGUGGAAAUAAUAGAGAGAUACAGUCAGGGAACCCAAAUGUUUAUUAUUCAGCAAGUGUAGUUAUUGGUGCUGUUUUAAGCCUUUUACUAUUGGAGUAA